UGUGCAUUGGGUGAGCGCGGAAGCACAGGUUAAUCGGUGCAGCUGCCUAGACUGAAAGGAUCCAUCUUCUCAGCUUUCUCAGAGCUGUGCCUUUCGCCUCUCUCCUUCUCUCCCCCCACCCCCUUCAGGGUUCCUGUAAAUCGCCAGCACCUUGGCUUCAUGCUAGGAGACUCUUUUGUGUUUUUGCCAUUGGCUACUGGAGCGAACUGCUUGUGAGGCCAGACACAACAGCACUAGCAGCAGUCCCAAAGGCAGGAAACGUCUGCGGCAUUAUGAGCCUCUGACGCUGCUGCCUCUGAAGUUCUUGCUGCAGUAUUCAACAGAGCAGUCGCAUCUUCCUGAACCACUGGCUUGAGGGGUUUCCUUUCCAGGACCUGAGCAGAAAGUGAUGCUGCAGGCGUUUUGGCGUUUCCUUUCCUGUCUUUUUCCAAGGGCGGUAUGCCAAGGCCCUGCUGAAGCAAAAGAGAAUGAGGCAAAGGACUCUCCAGUUCCCAGCUCUGGGGAACAGGGGCCAAAGGUUUUGGGGAAGUCACCCAAAGAGGCUGACCCCUCUGAAAGGAGACCCACUAUUCUACUUGUGGUUGGACCCGCAGAACAUUUCCAACAGAAAAUUGUAAAAGCUGGAGACAAGGACCUGGAUGGACAGCUGGACUUUGAGGAGUUUGUUCACUACCUCCAAGACCACGAAAAGAAAUUGAGGCUGGUUUUCAAGAGUCUUGACAAGAAGAACGAUGGCCGCAUCGACGCCCAGGAGAUCAUGCAGUCCCUUCGCGAUCUGGGAGUCAAGAUCUCUGAACAGCAGGCGGAAAAAAUUCUCAAGAGAAUAAGGACGGGGCACUUCUGGGGUCCUGUCACAUACAUGGAUAAGAACGGGACGAUGACGAUAGACUGGAACGAGUGGCGCGACUAUCAUUUGCUGCACCCCGUGGAGAACAUUCCCGAGAUCAUCUUGUACUGGAAGCACUCGACGAUUUUUGACGUGGGGGAGAACCUGACGGUACCGGACGAGUUCACGGUGGAAGAGAGGCAAACCGGGAUGUGGUGGCGACACCUCGUUGCAGGCGGAGGGGCAGGAGCCGUGUCUCGAACCUGUACCGCUCCCUUGGACCGCCUGAAAGUGCUCAUGCAGGUCCAUGCUUCGCGCAACAACAACAUGUGCAUCGUCGGAGGCUUCACCCAGAUGAUCCGAGAGGGCGGCCCGAGGUCGCUUUGGCGAGGGAACGGGAUCAAUGUCUUGAAGAUCGCUCCAGAAUCUGCCAUUAAGUUCAUGGCCUAUGAACAGAUCAAGCGCUUAAUUGGCACUGACCAGGAGGUGCUGAGGAUUCACGAGAGACUCGUAGCUGGUUCGCUGGCAGGAGCCAUCGCACAGAGCAGCAUCUACCCCAUGGAGGUUCUGAAGACUCGAAUGGCUCUGCGCAAGACAGGGCAGUACUUGGGGAUGCUGGACUGUGCCAAGAACAUCCUUGCCAAAGAAGGGAUGGCUGCUUUCUACAAAGGCUACGUCCCCAAUAUGCUCGGGAUCAUUCCGUACGCUGGCAUUGACCUGGCGGUGUAUGAGACGUUAAAAAACGCCUGGUUGCAACGUUACGCCGUAAACAGCGCAGACCCUGGGGUGUUCGUCCUGCUGGCCUGCGGUACCAUGUCGAGCACCUGCGGGCAGCUGGCCAGUUAUCCUCUGGCCCUAGUGCGGACGCGCAUGCAAGCUCAAGCUUCCAUCGAAGGAGCGCCGGAGGUGACGAUGAGGGGCCUCUUCAAGCAUAUCCUGAAGACGGAGGGAGCUUUCGGCCUCUACAGAGGCCUGGCCCCCAACUUCAUGAAGGUGAUACCGGCGGUCAGCAUCAGCUACGUGGUCUACGAGAACCUGAAGAUGACUCUGGGCGUGCAGUCCCGAUGACG